UCAUAGUUCUGUCGAUCGUCGGAAGUUCUAGACGUAAGUAGCUGUCGAGAUCUGCGAGAUGUUGCCGCUGCAGUUCGUUCUAUUUGGCUGUCUGUUCAUUGCCCAGGGGCUUUGCCACACGUUGCCAGAGCUCAAGGUGAGAACUGCACGCGAUACCUCCAAUAUACCCACGCAUUUGUUCAAACCCGUGGGCAGAAGCUCAAACAAUGACAAGGUUAAUGAAAGAUCUUCUUUUAUUAAUUCAAAUGGCACAACGCUAAGUGAGCCCGAGACAGAUGAUGAAGGAAUUCAGUUUCUAGAGAGAGCUAGCGGAGAAGUGGAAGAAGUGACCAGCUCAUAUGAAGACGAAGACGUCCGUCCCCGUCCAUUUCAACGACCUCAACCGCGACCAUAUUAUCCCCAAAACUCGCCAAGGAAUAAUGGUUUUCCCAUUCAAAAUUCACCCAAUGGAUUCCAACCGGAUUACAGUCAAGACCCCAGUGGACGAUUUCGUGGUGGCAAUGGCUUCAACAGCAGACCCUUUCCAAGUUCACCGAAUUUCGGGAGCAGAAACAUUGGGCCCUUUCCGGAACCGGAAUUCGGUGGCCAAAACACGCCUACGUGGGUAUCUAGACCGAUACCUGUACCACUAAGUAGCUCCAUGAUCCCUUUAUUUUCUGGAGGUAGUUCUAACUUUGGUCAAAGUGGUCCCAUUGGACCCAUUGGUCCCAUUGGUAAAGGUCGACCCAUUGGACCCAUUGGCUCUGGAAGCUCUUCGAACAACUUCUUUCGCACGGAGUCAUACAGCUACAGCUCAGAUGGCAGAGGACCUCCGCAGAUCGAGCGGGAUGUCUACGAUUCCCGAGAUGGAUUGGGAGCUUCUUUCCGUAAUUUUUAAUCAACAUGUUGCCAAAUAGCCUUCUGAAAUAAUCUGUAAAAUAUAAAUCGUAGUUCGUAAUAGAAA